ACGUGGUCACAUGAGCCCAACCAGAUACUUGAUGGGGUCCCCCCACUCUACGUAUAAAGUCUUCCCUCUCUAUCAAUUCAGAAUUUAUUCAGGGAUCGAACGUCUAGAUUAUUACGGCCCUUUUUUAUAAUUUUUUUAAACAAAAUAAAUUUAUUUAAUUUACACAUUUAAUUUCUUCCUCUUUCUUUUCCUUUUCCCUAAUUUCCUUCAAUUCACACCAUUUUUACCAAAAAUAUCAUAUUUACUUUCAAUCUCUUUCCUUUUUAUAUAAUUAAAUCAAAAAAUACAACCCCAUUAAUUAGCCUAGUUAGCUAGCUAGGUAAUAGGUAGCUAAUUGAGGGUUUAAACUAACAUCAAUCUAUGGUGGGUUGUCGAAUUCUGAAACUCUUAUUACCAUUAUUAUCUGUUUUCAUGAAAGUUCGUAGAAAUGAAAAAAGGGGUGUUCUAAAUUUGUAACUCCUUAGGUCGACAAAAAUAUCUGAAAACCCUAGCUAUACCUAACGUAAGCUAAGGUUUGUACUCUAUUUUUUUUUUUUCCUCCUAUACUCUUUUUAAAUGGUUUGGUUUGCUCUCACUUAAUUCAACAAUCAUUUCUCACUACUACUAACAAAAAGAAAGUGAAAAUGGAUUAUACUCCAUCUUCUUCAACGAUAUGGAAUGGUUCACCAACCCAGAUAGAGGCAACAACAACAACAUCAGCAAUGAUGAGAAAUGUUGAGGAAGAAGAUGAUGAGGGGAAUAACAAAUCGGUAGUAAUAAUAGAAAGAGAACACAUGUUUGAUAAAGUGGUGACUCCAAGUGAUGUUGGAAAGCUGAAUCGGUUGGUUAUACCGAAGCAACACGCGGAGAAGCAUUUUCCGUUGGAUUCGUCGAAUAACGAGAAAGGUUUGCUGCUUAAUUUCGAGGAUCGAACUGGGAAAUCAUGGAGGUUUCGGUACUCGUAUUGGAAUAGUAGUCAGAGUUAUGUAAUGACGAAAGGUUGGAGUCGUUUUGUUAAAGAGAAAAAAUUGGAUGCGGGUGAUAUUGUUUCUUUUCAAAGGGGUGUUGGUGAAGUUGGUAAAGAUAAGCUGUUUAUUGAUUGGAGGCGACGGCCUGAUAAUUCUUCACCUGGUUUGCUUUCUUACCCGCUACAAUCGUACCACCACCAGUACAACCACCGUUCUGCGGCGGCUGGUUGGGGUAGUAGUAGUAAUAGUAAUAGUCCGUCGUCGACUUUCGUGUUGAGAUCUCAUCCUCAUUCUCAUCCUUACCCUCAACCUUACCCUUACCCCUCUCCGCAAGGGAGUACAGUGUGGGACCACCAAGGGACGCCUCAUUUGUCCAACAUGAGUCUCAUGAAUGUUCUUCCUUCUCAAUCAUAUCCGCCUCGGAGGGGAACGGGUAAUAAUAAUACAAGUGGUUUGGGUUUGGGGCAUUAUGGGUACGGGUAUGGGUAUGGGAAUGUGGUGAAUCCGUAUCCAGUAACCGGAUCCUUGAUCUUUCUUAGAUCUUCUCCAUCCUCAAUAACAACAUCAUCCACUUCAGCAGUGGGAGCAGCAGCAGCAACCUCAUCGGUUUUAUUACCGGUACCAGAAAGUGAAGUAAAUCAUCCUUAUUUUCAUCAUCAUCAUCAUCGUCAACAGGGUGGUGGAGGAACAGUGAUGGAGGUGCAGAGAGAGGAGCCCAUGGUAUACGAAUCGGUGCCGGUGGUCCAAGGCAAAGCUGCAGCAAAGAGGUUGAGGCUGUUUGGCGUGAAUAUGGAGUGCCCCAUCUCACAUCAAACUCAUGAUUUUGACAUCUUGUCUUCCCCUUUGGCAUCCUCGUCCACCCCCAACCACCCUUCGUCUCAUCAUCAUCAUCAUUAUCAUCAUCCUCAACAACAAAAACAACAACAACAACAACAACAACAACAUCCUACUACUAUGGCAAUCUCAAUGGGCCCACCAUCAUCCUCGUCUUCUUCUUCAUUUCCCUCUUCACCAAGUAAUCAACUACUUCCCUUGCAACUAAGGUCACUGCAGUAUCAUGGUACUACUUCUCCUACUACUCCUCCUGAGAAAGGCAAGUCUCCCACAUCAUCAUCAUCCAUGUCUUUAGAUUUGGACAUCUAAAAUUAAUCUUUGUUUUAGAGACCAUUUCUUUCUUUUCUUCUUUUUAAAAAAAAAAAACAUUUCUAACAUCUGAAAUGUUAGAUGACAGAGAGCACAAUUAUUAAAUUUUAUCUAGGCAUGAAACAAGUGGUAAGAUUAUUAUUAUUAUUAUAUAAUUAGCUCAGUAUUCAAAAAAAUUCAGCUUCAAUUAAAUUACUCAUCCCCUAAAUUGUAUCAAAUCUUGUACUAGAACAUUAUUAGAUAGGUCUAAACUCUUAACACUAUCAAUAACCAUGACUACAUCAUAGCAACGUUACUGCGCCGUAUUCAACAAGGAAAAGUCAAGCUAAUAUCAAUGACGACCAAGCCGGGCGGAUGAUCUCAAAUCAAAUACCCAAUGAUCAGUAUGUAGUAGUACUCUCCUAGUACGUCCUAGUAUGUUAUAAUUAGUGAUAAAACAUUUGUUUAAUUCGAUUCAUGUAAAUUAAAUGACAAUAUUUCUAGCUGUAUUUGACUUGUUAGUAUAUAAAUUAAUACUUCAUUGACAGUAAUUUAAGUA